AACCAAGGAAAAGUCGAAAUUUGAAUCUACGGUGGCAAAAUUUCGAAGACUGAAUGAUCUGUUCAAGAGGUUUCAAAUGAUAGUUUCGAUAGGUUAGAGUUAGGGAAGAUUUUCAAUGUGUUGAGAAGGUUGAGGACCAUUCCGAUAAAGUGGUCGAAUUGAAGGCGUAGGCAAUUAGAAAUAAUAUUUCUCAAAAUGCUCUCGCUGACCUGCUUCAAACUUUAGAUAAAGUUGGUGUUAAUGGCUUGCCAUUAUCAGCGAAACCCCUCCUCGGAACAAUGCGAGAAAAAAUUUGCUUGAAGCCAUACCAGGUGGAGAGUUUUUGUAUUUUGGAAUAGAAGAAAACUUAAAUUCUCAAGAAUUUGACUUCUUAGAAAAUUCCGAAAAGGCGGAUAUUGACGUUGGAAUAGACGGACUGCAAUUAACAAAGUCGUCAAAAAAUUGUCUGUGGCCUGUCAUGGGUUCAAUAGCCAAUUAUCCUCAUGUUUGUGCGUUUUUAAUUGCCUGCUUCCAAGGAAGAAGCAAACCAAAUAACCCCGAAGAUUUCCUUAGAUAUUUUUGUAAUGAGGUAGGUCUUCUUAGAGCAAAUGGACUGAAAGUAGGUAGAAAUCAGUUAAUAAAACAGUUCGAUAUUAGGUCCUUUACCUGUGAUUCACCAGCUCGCGCCUUUGUGACUGGAGUUAUCUCUCACACAGGGAAAAAUUGUUGUCCAAAAUGUGUAUGCUCAAGUCGUUAUCUGAAAGGGAGAGUUAGUUUUUUCAACCAAUUAGAUUAGAGUAUAGGGAGAAAGAAAAUUUAAUAUGGUUUCACAGUUUCCUUUGGAACCAAUGCAUUUAGUAGACUUAGGUGUAAUGAAAAAAUUAUUAAAAUUGCUUAUUUCUAAAGGAAAUAUUUCCGUAAUGAAUGAGAAGCUGCGUUAUUUGGCAAAAUAUGUGCCGUCCGAAUUUUGUCGAAUAGUGCGUGACUUUAAUGAAAUAAGCAAUUGGAAAUCAACAGAGUUCCGACAAUUUUUGCUAUAUACAGGUAUAUUUGUUUUAAAAGACUGCAUUGAUGAAUGCCUGUACUAUCAUUUUCUUUUGCUUCAUGUCGGAAUUCGACUUCUUUCAUAUGAGCAGUCAGAAGAACACCAAUUAAAUGUAGCUGACAAAAUUUUGCAAGAAUUUGUUUUCAAGUAUACACGGCGAACACUUAAUCAGUUUUAAUGUACACGCCUUAUUACAUUUAACUGACUGCGUAAGACGGUUUGGCGCGAUUGAUAAUUUCUCCGCAUAAAGUUUGAGAAUUAUAUGCAAACAUUGAAGAAAAUGAUAAAAAAGCCGGAUAAGGUAUUGCAGCAAUUAAAAAAUAGAUAUUAUUAGAGAAAGAAUAUGUAUGCAGCUUCUGGUAAAGCUUCAAAAUUUGGGGUAUUUUCGUUAGAUUUUAAAAAAGAUAAGGAUAGCUUUUGUUAUUCAGAGAAAACAGGGCCAAUAAAACUCAUUGGCGAAAAAAUAGAGGGCGAUGUUUUUAUAUGCCUUCUUUUUUCUGAGACUUACGAUUAUUUUCAAGAGCUUCUGCAAAUUUAGACUUACGAUUAUUUUCAAGUUGCUUCUGCAGAUUUAGGCAUACUUGUAGGUAAAGUUUCAUAAAAUGAGGUAGUUCUAAGUAGAUUAGAUAUUAAAUAUAAGUAUUUUUCCAUACCUAUAGAUGAUAAAAUUCUUUUAGUUCCACUCAUUCAUCACCUGUUUUAUGAUUUUUCAUAUAAUGAAUUUCGAUGACCUUGUGGAAGAAAUCGAUUCCGAAGUGGAAUGCUCACAACCGUUGGGCCCCCAAAGAGGAUGUACUGAACAUAAAUAUUUUUAAUUUCUUAAUAAUAUGUUUUUACAGAUAAAGUGUUUAAAAAAAAAUGUCUUACAAUCUCGUUUGCGCUCCUCCAGCAGAACCAUCACAAAUUGUGGUACCGUCACCAUCGUCUGGCGGCCAUGCAGAUAUAAUCCAGAAGCUGGAUGCCAUUGAGACCCGUCUCUCUGCCAUUGAAAAGUGCCUAACAGGCAAAAUGCCAGAGAAGGCCGAGGUGCAGGCGCAAAGUAAAUUAUUGCACGAAUGCCGCGUCAUAGCGGCAAAGGCGCACCAUUCAAUUAGCCGCAUCACCGGUGAUUUGGAGGACGAGCAUUAUGUGGAGCUCGCUUCGAAACUGCCCAUGUCAUCGGAAGAGCACGUGCGCUUCGUGGAAGACAAACUUUCACAAAAGGAAAGCACGGAAGCUAUGAUGCGGCUAAUAUUGAAGUCAAAGGGCGCAAAAGGCAGUAUGGACGGCGUACUGCGUGGUAUGUUUUCUGAUGAUCUAAUGUACCACUACAAUUUAGAGGGGCGCAAGGAGAAGGAAUCCCUACUAAAACUAAAGUGCCUUGGGUUAGUUUUUGAUAUAUUUCCUGACGAGGAUAAAAACACUACAUAUAUGUGGAGAGCUCCGGAAAUUUGUGGCCUUAAGCCACAAUCGUUUUAAACAGAAAAAUAUAAACUAAAGGCUAAAUUAAUAUAAGUUUUCUUAUUAUUACUUAUAUAU